GACGUAAACGUCGAUGCAACCACAAAUUGGCAAAGUUAAGGAAUAUGCCAUUCGCUAUAAAUACGUUAUUCUGUUUUAAUUUCGAGUAUGUAAACAGCGGCUGGUCAAGGGCGCUUUCUUUCCCCGGUACAGAAUUCGCUGUCAGUAACGGCUGUCCCGAUGCAGGCUAUUCUCCAUGUCCAGAUGGUGUUUAUUGUUGUCCUACCGGCGCUACAUGUUUAGCUGGAAGCGCUGGUGGUGGAAGUGGCAGCAGUGGCGGAAGUGGCGGAAGUGGCUCUAGUGGAAGUGGCGGAAGUGGCGGAAGCAGUUCCGGUGGCGGUGGCGGAAGAAGAAAUUCCAUCAAUUCUUACUUUCAACGUUUCAACAUGAAGAAUCUAACACCAUUACUCGCCUUUACUGUAAUAACCUUUGCUUCCACUGUAUUAUCUGACGACGCCCCGAGCUCGAGAAUUCCUGCUCUUCCUAUUGCGUAUCUUGAUAAAAGGGGCUUCACUGGCUUGAACAAAGGCUUUGAUUUUAUAAUAUUAGCUGUUGGUAACGGCUGUCCCGAUGCAGGCUAUUCUCCAUGUCCAGAUGGUGUUUAUUGUUGCCCUACGGGCUCGACAUGUUUAGCUGGAAGCGUUCCUCCUAGUGGAGGCGGUGGAGGAGGUACUGGCGGAGGAGGUACUGGUGGAGGAGGUACUGGCGGAGGAGGUACUGGUGGAGGAGGUACUGGUGGAGGAGGUACUGGUGGAGGAGGUACUGGUGGAGGAGGUACUGGUGGAGGAGUUCUAGUGGCGGCGGUGGCGGCGGUGGUACUGGUGGCGGUGCUGGCAAUAGCACUGGAAGCGGUACUGGUAGUGGUACUGGCAGUGGCACCGGCAGUGGUACUGGUAGCGGUGCUGGCAAUAGUACUGGACCUGGUUCUGGAAGUGGUACCGGCGGUGGUGGCUCUGGAAGUGGUACUAGCGGUUCUGGCAGCGGUAGCAGUGGCAGCGGUAGCAGUGGCAGCGGUACCAGCAGCACUACCACUCUCCCUACAUUCAACAGUGGCACUUUCAAAACACAAACGCAAUUAUUUGCCAAUCUUCUGA